UUUAAGACUGUUUCGAUGGAAAGGAAUAUUUAGCUUUUUUCCAAGAAGCGGAAAUUACAUAAAGCAAAGUCAUUCUACCUUUAAAAAGAAAAAAACAACAAAAACACCCAAAACUAAUCGAUCAUCGCCGGCACAUCAUCACAAAGAAUCUGACGCACAAGGAAAAAUGAAGAAUAGCAGAGAUCGUUGGAGAGUGUACAAGAGGGUGAGUGUCAUGUUUCUCCUAGCCGUGGUUGCGUUGGCCGUUGUCCAGAGAGGGAGCAUCAGCUUCGAGCUGGAGAGGCACGCUCGUUUGGAUGCUGCUCAGGAAGCAGGAUCUGGAGCUGACUCAUACCUGCAGAUAAAAAGUUUCUGGAAGUCUGGCAGCUACCAGUCAAAGCCAAAAGCUCCAACCACCACAGAGAAGCCCAGAAUCCCUGAGGAUGGCAGGCCCACAACUUGGGAUGUAAAGAGUUCCAACUGUAGCGCCAAUGUCAACUUUUCUAAACACGAGUGGUUCAAGAACCUCGAGGACAGUUUCAAGCAGUUUUUGCUUUAUCGGCAUUGCCGAUAUUUCCCCAUGACCCUCAACCACCCUGAGAAGUGCACAGGGGAGGUGUAUCUGCUGAUGGUGAUUAAAUCAGUGGCCACUCAGUAUGACCGCAGGGAGGUCAUCCGAAAAACAUGGGGCAGAGAGCAGGUGGUGGACGGCAAAAGGAUAAAGACCCUCUUUCUUCUUGGUAAGUCCUCCAAUGAGGCAGAAAGGGCAAAUCAUCAGAAACUUGUGGAGUAUGAAGACCAGAUUUACAACGAUAUUCUUCAGUGGGACUUCUUAGAUAGCUUCUUCAACCUGACUCUCAAGGAGACCCAUUUCCUCAAGUGGUUCCAUACUUACUGCUACAACGUGCAAUAUGUCUUCAAGGGGGAUGAUGACGUCUUUGUCAGCGUGAAAAAUAUUUUUGAAUACCUGGAAAACAGCAGCCACAGAAAGAACCUGUUUGUUGGGGAUGUGAUUUUCAAAGCUAAGCCUAUUCGUAAAAAGGACAACAAAUAUCACAUCCCCCAGGCUUUGUAUAACAAGACGCACUACCCUCCAUACGCAGGUGGAGGCGGUUUCCUAAUGGAUGGAAGCCUCGUGAGUAGGCUUCACUGGGCCGCAGACACGCUGGAGCUUUACCCCAUCGACGAUGUCUUCUUGGGCAUGUGCCUGGAGGUACUUCAGGUCACACCUGUCAAACACAACGCCUUUAAGACGUUUGGCUUGGUGAAAAAUAAGAACAGCAAGUUGAACCGAGAACCUUGUUUUUUUAAGAACAUGAUUGUGGUGCACAAGCUGCUCCCGUCGGACCUCCAGCACAUGUGGAAUCUGGUCAACAGCGACCUAGUCUGCUCACAAAAGGUCGAGCUCCUAUAGCUUGGCGAGAACACCGGGGGAACAGCGGCACCGAGCGAGCUCAGCCUUGCCUCAGUGACUGCUAUGAGGAAGUGCAUUGCACUGUAAGGCAGAAGCCAAACUUCCUAGUAAAGUUUAUCAGAAGCUGUAUGUGGAGUGGA